AUGGGGACGGUAAUGAUUGUUUGUUUAGUAUUUACUGUCUUUCUAAUUUGCAAUGGACUCUCUCAGGAAAAUAUCACAGAUAAUUUACUUGGACAAGAUUCGCUGAUUGAUUUCCUAAACCUAGAUGUUAUGAAUGAAACUGAAACGGUUGGAAAUAGUGGAACAAGUAUUCUACCCGAAAGUUUGAAUGAUACUUGUUCAAUAACAGAGACGAAUGGAAUUUACUUUUGUUAUUGUUUAAUUGACAAGAAACAUUCUGGAUUAUGGGACUUCGCUGCCAUUAGGAGAUGGAUCGUAAACUCGAAUUAUGAAUUCCAAUUUGAUUUGAAAUGUGUUAACUUUUCAAAGAUUGUAUUGCCUUGGCCACUCAAAGCGAAGAAUAUCGAUUUUGUCAGGGUAAAAAGUUGUACUAUAACUGGAUUUUUUACGGACUAUGGAAAUCCCUAUAUCGAAACAAUUCCGGAUCAUCUUCGGGUCAUGGACAUAUCCGAAUCUAUAAUUCUUUGUGGACUUAAAGAUUUGAUGUCAUUAUUAUUCAAUUUCAGAGAGGUUACUGAAGAUUACAAUUGCGGCAAUGAUAAAACUUUACAAACUCUUAUAUAUACAAAUGUUACUUUGGAAUAUAAUCUUGAAGAAAUAAAAUUGCUAAAAGAUGGUCAUUCGGAAAAUUCAAAUGAUGAUGUCAUAGGAGCCGGAAGUAACAUGAUUGCAAAGACUCGCGAGCUUGACCACAGAUGUACGUUCAGUGAGCUUGAACAAAUUGAUCUGAGUACAAGCAGCACUAAGUCAAGGUAUCUUCUCUCUAUUCAAACUGAACUGUCAACAUUUCCGAAGCUGACAUUUUAUAAUUUGUCAAACACUGGACAAAGUGAAAUCGCCAAAGAAUUUAAAAUUUGGUGGAGAUUCUUUCCAGAGAUGAAAUUAUUAGAUCUCUCUUACAAUUUCAUAUCAACCCUUGACUUGGAUCCGUCAGCCUACACGUGGAGUUCUUUCAAAAUAAAAAUAGAUUUAAGAUACAAUAACAUAACCGAAUUAUCACAAGAAGAUUUGGAACUCCUCGGUAGCCUACCGAAUGUAGACGUCGAUAUUAGAUAUAAUCCGAUACAUUGUGAAUGUUCAGAUCAUAUGAUUGAAUUGUUGGAAAUAAUACAUGAUGAUACAAAAUGGGAAUCAAUGGGACUGCAUCGAUAUGAUUAUCUUAAAAAUAUGACCUGCAACUUACCGGACAUACUGACAGGUAGAAAACUUUCAGAGAUAACUAAGUCUGAUAUAUCAUGCCCAAUGUUCAGUGCAUCAUCACCAGCCCCUAUAAUAGUUCUAAGCAUUUGCAUACUAAUUCUUAUUGUUAUCAUUAUACUUUUGACAAAAUUCAGAAAAGAAAUAUUUAUUUUGACGUAUACCAGAUUUCAUAUCAUACUUCCGUGUCAACCAGCAGAAGUUUCGGAGAACAAAACUUAUGAUGCAUUUGUAUCGUACAGUAGUCAAGACGAAGAAUGGGUUUCUAAGACGUUUAAAGAACUAGAGGCAUCAUCACAAUCCGACGGUUACCAUCAGUUCAUGUUUUGUCUUCACCAUAGAGACUUUGUUCCUGGGAAGACAAUUUUUGACAAUGUUAUAGACAGUGUGGAAUCAAGCAGGCAUACAGUGAUUAUUUUAUCAAAACAUUUCUUACAAAGCCACUUUUGCAUGUAUGAAUUUCAUGAAGCUUUUCAGCAAAGUAUUAUAGAACGAAAACGGCACAUGGUGGUCGUUUUAAUGGAAAAUAUUCCCGAGGGAGAACUUCCAACCGAUUUGAAACGAUGUCUCAAAACAUUUACAUAUAUAAGAAGAGACGAUUCAAUUUUCAAAGAUCGAUUAAUAUUUGCAAUGUCACAUAAAGGGAGGAAAGAAAAGAAAUCCAUUAACACAAAUACAUCUUCGGAAGGCUUUAACAACACUGUAUUUUCUUCAUCGGAGAAGGAUGUAACGCUUCGAUUAGAGACAUCCAGACCUCUGCAUGACGACUCGGUGAUUACGUUGAGUCAGAUUGUACCUGAUCUUGUGGUAGGACGUAAUGAAUCUAAAAGUAAUGGAUAUACAUUAGCAUAG